UUAAGUUGGCAGAAACCGUAGCAAACCCCAUCAAAGAUGGAAACCCAGCUCUCAAUGUUGGUUAUUCUCCUCGCUUCUUUUCUAACUGCAACUACUUUUGUUUCCUCCCAACUUCAAGACCCUGAUCUAGUAGUACAGGAGGUCCACAGGAAUAUCAAUGCAUCUAGGAGGCAGCUGGCCUAUUCCUCAUGUGGAAGUGGCAACCCCAUAGACGACUGCUGGCGGUGCGACCCUAACUGGGAACAAAACCGCCAGCGCUUGGCCGAUUGCGCCAUCGGCUUCGGCAAGGACGCAAUUGGCGGGAGAAAAGGCCGAAUCUACGUAGUCUCCGACUCAGGCGACGACGACCCUGUGAACCCUAGGCCCGGAACCAUCCGACACGCCGUGAUACAAGACGAGCCACUGUGGAUCAUUUUCAAGAGGGACAUGGUGAUCCAGCUGAAGCAAGAGCUGGUCAUGAACUCGUUCAAGACCAUAGACGGUAGAGGUGCGAGUGUUCACAUUGCCAAUGGACCAUGCAUCACCAUACAUCAUGUCACCAACAUCAUCAUCCAUGGGAUCAACAUACACGACUGUAAGCAGGCCGGGAACGGAGACAUUAGGGACUCCCCGAGCCACGCCGGGUGGUGGACGCAGUCCGACGGGGACGGCGUGUCGAUUUUCGGAGGGAAGCACAUUUGGGUUGACCAUUGCUCGCUGUCAAAUUGUCACGAUGGACUCAUCGAUGCCAUACAUGGAUCGACGGCCAUCACGAUUUCGAACAACUUCAUGACGCAUCAUGACAAGGUUAUGCUUUUAGGGCACAGUGAUUCGUUUACGGAAGACAAGGGCAUGCAGGUCACUGUUGCGUUUAAUCACUUUGGAGAAGGGCUCGUGCAAAGAAUGCCAAGGUGUAGACAUGGAUAUUUUCAUGUGGUGAACAAUGACUAUACACAUUGGGAGAUGUAUGCAAUAGGAGGGAGUGCUGCCCCAACCAUCUUAAGUCAAGGCAAUAGAUUUCUUGCACCGGAUAGAAGUUUCGAUAAAGAGGUGACAAAACAUGAGGAUGCGCCGGAAAGUGAGUGGAAGAGGUGGAACUGGAGAUCCGAGGGGGAUUUGCUGCUGAACGGCGCAUUUUUCCGGCAAUCGGGUGCCGGUGCAUCGUCAAGCUAUGCGAGGGCGUCGAGUCUCAGUGGAAGACCUUCUUCUCUUGUGGGUGCGAUGACUGUCACUGCCGGUGCACUUAACUGCCGGAGAGGAUCCCGCUGCUAAUUAAUAGUUGUUUGCCUUAAUGAAUGCAUUCACCGCGGAUAUAUACUAUAUCGUAAACAAAAGGGCUAUGCUACAACAACAUUAUGGAUUAGUCCUUUGCUGCUAUAUAUGUUGCGGUUAAUCCUAAAUUACAAGGCUUAAGUUUCUUUAUUAGUAUCUUAAUUAAGGACUUUCAACCUCUGUACGUUAACUAUUAAAGCUAUGUGUCUAGCUAGUAUGUUAUGAUUGACCUAGCUAGAAAGAGCUACUGCAGAUGUGUUGACUACUUUUGAAUAUAUAUUAUUUCCUAGUUUGAGUA